GAGAGAAACAGAAGAACUAGUUCGUCUCGGUGAGACUAGCAAAUAGAACGGAAGCGGAGAUACCUGAGGCUUUAUGGAUAUGGGGAAUGAAACCAGAAGAAUCUGACGCCUAGAAUUGUUCUUGGUCAUUAAAACGAUAUGACCCCGUGUUUGCCGUGUUUAAAAUACAUUAGAUUCAGAUUGAUUGGUGAAGCAAGGCAAUUGACACCAACCAUCCGCACACUCCAACACUUUUUCAGUGGGUGAUGUUCUUCUCUCAGUUAGACUGUGCACGCUCAGUGACAACCACCAGCAAUUUUUCGUUGUAUUAUAGUCAAUGCCAACUUGCGAAGGUAAAACAGUUUCGCCAACAGCGAGAGGUGGCAGAUAAGCCGUGGGUGACGCUACUGAAUUGGGCAACAACCAAUCACGCCGACUAUAAUCGCUAACAACACUGUCUAUGUGGGUAACAAAGCUUCACACAACUCUGAUAUGUUGUGCACUGAGAAUUAACCAGUUCAAAACUAUGUAUGAAUAGUGGGCGAUGCUGCCGUAGCUUAUUUGAAUCGAGCCAAAUACACACAGCGCAUAAGAGGGCAAAUCUUAUAAAAAGCGACCUGUCGUGGCAUGUCUACGCGUGCGACUUAGUGUGGAACUGCUUUGCCUAGACAGGUUAGACAGGGAGUUUUUUCUGCACCCCCUCUCAACAGUCAUAAAAUGUGCGAGUUGCCGCACACCGUGUUGGGGUCCGUUCAUUUCCAACGUGUGAUACUACAUCGUAGUUAUUGUAACUCUAAACUUCAUGUAUAUGCUUUUAUAUACAGCGACGAAUUUCUUAAAAUACUGAUGAAUGCUGCAUGCACG